GUCGCGCGAUUUAAAAUAAAACCGCACGGAGUCGCGAGGGGACCCUGGAUUCUCCAAAUGCCUUCCAGUGGAACAAGAAGUGUCUCGCUCCUCUUCCUCCUGUAGGACCUCCUCCUCCACCUCCUCCUCCUCCUCCUCCUCCUCUUCCUCCGCGACCCAUCGCAGCGGCUCGCGCGGUCACGAGUGGAAGUGGAAUUGACCAAUUAUCCAUUUAACUUUCCUCCUUAAAGACCGCGAGCUCCCGCCGCGCCGUCAAGUGCCGCUAGUCCCACGACAACAACAGCAACAGCAACCGCACGCGCGAGGAGAAGUAGACGCGCGGGAACAGCGAGGAGGGCUUCGACGCUUCGACGCGCAGGAACAGCGAGGGGGGCUUCGACCACUCGACGCUUCGACGCGCGGGUCUCACGCUCCAGAUGACGUCCGUCCCCGCGCGGCACUGAGCCGGUAAACGGGAGAGCUCACGGUGCGCCGACAGGAAGCGGAGGAGGAGACUCUAAUCAUGGACGCGCUGUGCCGCUCAGCGGGAAUAUUCGGUGGCUCGCCCUCCGCGAUGCCCCGUGCGCCAGCGGGAGUCAGCCGCGCGCUCACCUCCAGCAAGCCACUCGCGUUUUCGAUCGAACGGAUUAUGGCGCGGGAGACCCCGGAACCCGCGCGGUCGAUACCGUUCCUCCCCCACCUGUUCGCGGCGCACGCGGGGAAGGGGGACGGGAAGCAGCCGCCGUCCGCUGCGUUGCACUGCGUGCUGCCCUUCGUGCCGCUCGCGUACGACGCGGGCCACAAGCUGGUGAACCUCGCGGGGGGGCUGGACCACGCGGGACCCUUCGACGGCUCCGUGCGCCACGCCGCCGACUUCCUUCACGGCGUAGGGCUGAACUACAAGCACGAGCAGCCCGAGCUAGGGGGGGGACAGUACAAACUCUUUCGGCCGCGCGUGGUCAACCAGUCGUCGUUCCACGCGUUGGGGGACACCGCAGCAACCGCCGCGUGCUACCUGUCUCACUGCGGGGAGACCCCCGCGGGCCCACCGCCCCCUGCCCUCCCCUCGGCCGGCCCCCCCGCGGGGCUCGUGAACCUCCACCCCAUGGCCUCCUACUUCUUCCACGCGCCGCUGCACCACGCGCGCCACAAAGCCUUCCUCGCGGAGAAGGGCAAAGCGGAGCGUCACGCAACGGGAGACGCGAGCUUCAAGGAACUGCAGCUGCACCGCGCGCACCUGCUGUCCGACAAGAUGCUCAAAGGCGCCGCCAAACUCGGUGGGGGCUCGUGCGCCAACGGCGGGAAGUCCAAAGUGUUCACGUGCGAAAUCUGCGGGAAGGUGUUCAACGCCCACUACAACCUCACUCGCCACAUGCCCGUGCACACCGGCGCGCGUCCGUUCGUCUGCAAGGUGUGCGGGAAAGGCUUCCGGCAGGCGAGCACGCUCUGCCGCCACAAGAUCAUCCACACUCAGGAAAAACCGCAUAAAUGCCACCAGUGCGGGAAGGCGUUCAAUCGCAGCUCAACGCUCAACACGCACACGCGCAUCCACGCGGGAUACAAGCCCUUCGUCUGCGAGUUCUGCGGGAAAGGAUUCCACCAGAAAGGGAACUACAAGAACCACAAGCUGACGCAUAGCGGGGAGAAGCAGUUCAAGUGCUCCAUCUGCAGCAAGGCCUUCCACCAGGUGUACAACCUCACCUUCCACAUGCACACGCACAACGACAAGAAGCCCUUCACCUGCCCCACGUGCGGCAAGGGCUUCUGCCGGAACUUUGACCUGAAAAAACAUAUCCGGAAACUGCACGAGUCUUCCGGCUCCCCGCAGAGCGCGGGUGAGACGCAGUGAGCCCCCCCUUCCCCCACCCCGAGAUCACACAUAUUUACGCAGAGCGCGCGGGGGCCCCGCGGGAUUGGGGCCCCCACCUCCGAGACGUCACCUGGACCCCCCGCGGUCUCCCCUCAUUGGUUCGUUCUGGUCUCCAGCUCAGGAUUCUUGUGAAGUGUUCUCCUAUUUAUUGAAGUGGUUCCACCGUUGUACUCUGAGAUGCAGAAGGGGGUCCACCGGAGACCCGACCGUCUGAGGACCGACCUACACAACGUGUGUCCACACCCUGGUUGAAUAAAUGCUUAAA